AAUUCAGAGAUUAAAAUGGCGGCCUCCAUAGGUUUGUAGAUAUUUUUCAAGAAUAUGCCACGUUUUUUAAAAGAUAUAUUUACCUAUAGUUGUAGAAAAAUUGCUAACAGUUUGAAAACAAAAUUACGAUUAUUACGUACACAUUCUAAUGUUGAUGCGCUAGGUUCUGAUUUAUUAUUUGUACCCAUUAAGACCAGUUGCAAAGAACAAUCUGAGGAAAUUCGAAAUCUUAAAAAUAUUAGUUUUAUAACUAACUAACUAUAUUUAUUUCCAAUCAAGGGCCCUCAAGGGGCAGCAUGAAAAUACAUACAAAUAAUAUACAUAUACAAGUAAAGAAAGAAGUGAUUACAUAACACAUAGUUAACUUAUAUACAAAUACAGUGUCAUAUAUUGUUCAAAAUAAUUUUUCCAGUUAUAUUUAGAAUGGAUGGCUCUUCAGACCAUAGUAUGUAAAUGCAUUUUUGUUCAUCAUUGAGUUUGGUAAAAAAAAAAAAAUUAACUGGUUUUUUUUUCUAUAGCACCACAAAAAGAUUUUCUUUCAUCAGCAAACUUUUCCCAUUUAAUCAAAAAAUGAAUCUCAUCACCUAAUAAACCAGAGUUGCAUUUGUUACAUAUUCGUUCAUUCCUAGUAAUACCAGAAUAUCUACCAACUUCAAUCAUUAAUUUUUGAGCUGAUAUCCGUAACUUACAAAUAAAUCUUCUAAUAUCAAAAUUUUUAAUUUUAUUAAGAUAGUUCUCAAAACCAAAGUGCUCCUUAAGCUUAAAAUAAGUGCACAGUUUCCCAUCAAUUAAUUUAUUUCGAUAUGCCCGUCUUUUGUAACAUGUUGACGGAGCUACUGCUAGUACAAGCGCAGGCACAUGAACAUAUAAAUGGAUCUAGAAAUAUCCGGCUUCAUGGAAGUGGUUCCAUCCCAUGCAUUUUUAACAGGUCCAGUCUAUUGAUAGCUAAUAAUAUGUUUUAUGGCGUGACCGUGUUUGAGGGCGAAGCAAAAAGGUAUUGGCAUUAGUAUCUAUAUCCAAAACAGGACCCAAAAAAACCCAGAAGUUAGCAUGAGGACAGAGCUGUAUCAAAGCAUCCUAAUUUUGGACAUUUGAUCCGCCUAUAUAUUGCACGCUGGAAAUAUAACGCAAUAUUGAUGUAAGCAGUACAUUAUGACGUCAUAUUCAGCGUCGUUAUUUAGCAAAUUUACAAACACAGGAGAUAUGGCGUUAAUCGAGGAAUGAUUAGGCCUAUAUAUAUGAUUUAUAAGAAAUAAGAUUUACAUGCUUUUACGGAUUUUAUGUAACAUAUCUCAGAACGACGUGAACUAGCCGGGUAGACAAGAUUCAAAAUAGAGGAAUACAUGUCCAUGCACUAAAAUUCGAAUCGACGCCAUUGGGACCAAAAUUUUCAAGCUCCAUAGGUAUGGUUUAAUUUUCAUUAUUUUCCUAUAUUUUCCUUUUAAACAUUUAUACAUAUACGUGUUACCUAUAGGGAGAGCUCCGCUCUCAUGGCCCUUUGGGCCAUGAGAGGGCUUUGCCCUCUAUUAAUAGCUACUUAGGUAUUUAAACGUACUUAAAGUAGCUACUUCUACCUACUUUUACCUGUUUUUAAAAAUAUAAAUAAAUAAUAAUUAUGACACAUCUUUUAAACAGGUCAGUUGUUUUAUGUAUUCAUGUUGUGCAAAAUUCAGAGUGUAAAGAGUACUUAAUGAGGGUGGAGAAUGUAGAGGAAAUGCAUGAAAAAUCUCCCCCAAAACCUUCAAUGUAAAAAUGCAUGAAGGUAAACUUUAAAAUUAAUACAGAUUUGUAAGACAUUCUAGACUUUUUAUCAAGUAGCUGUGAUCCCGUUUAGCUCCUAGAAAAUGGUACUGGGUGCAGUUAUUGAUGCAAAUUUGAAAAGUUAGAAAGUAAUAAUUUUUUCUCAAAUAUUUUUUUGGUAAAUUUCAUCGUCAGUGGAAGUGAAUCAAGAAAUUUGGUAUACACCAUAUUGCGCAGUGCCUGCGUUUGGCCACGAAAUGCAAAUAAAGGAAAAAUGCACAAUUUAUCUCGUGUACGGUCCAUUUCGAAACUCCUGAAUGCCACGAUCCCAGGCGUGGUGCCUUCAUGUUCAUUAAACAAGGGAAGCAAAGGCAAAGCCAGGGUCAAGACUUAUAAAGAACAGGACGGCAAGAAAAUAUGGACCAGAAAAAUGAAGAAAACGAUUUUUGAGGAGAAAAAAGAGGAUAGCGAGUUCACAAUGCGAGUUCCUGAUGACAGCAUCUAUUUCAUGGAGUUCUUCCCAGAAACUGAGUUCUCCGUAGAGGAUGCCAUUAAACUGCAGCAAGAUUAUGCGGAUCCCAUGAUUCUCAACAAUGCGAAAGGAGUGGUUUAUCUUGACAUCCUCUGUAACAUGAAAACAAAGAAGCAGACCAGGUUUAUAUCAGAGUUCUCUGAAAGGUUAUUUUUCCCUCACACCUUUGAAGUUGAAUGUCCAAGGAGAUGUUUUGUUAUCUGUAAGACAGAUGAAGAGUCAUUAACAGCACAGAGAUUAGGGGCGGUGUAUGCAGGGGACGAAAAACUGCUACAGCGGUUGGAUCGGAAAAAAGGAGAUUUGACAAGAAAUGACUUUGACAUCAUUCUCUGUACCCCAGAAAUGCAGGAGGCCCUACUUCCGUGGCGUAACGCAUUGAGAGAUGUAUACCCUUCAACUGAGACAUUCACAUUAGAUGCAGACAUUGAGAAAAUGAUGCUGAAACAGAAAGAUAGUGUCCUUUAUAACUGUAAAAAAGAGGGAAGUCUAGGGAAAAUACAGGUCCCGAUAGCACAGCUGAGUAUGGGAAUAGAUAAGAUAAUAGAGAAUUUUGAUUUCUUCUUCCUGACUUUGUUAAACAACCCCAAGGCAGCACAGGUCAAACCUGGAGAGGAUUUUGUGACCUCAGCGAGGUUGCUGGUACCGCCCUGUCCAGAACAACUUAAGUUACAAGACGCGGAACUGAGACGUUUUGUGAAAACAGUUAAACAAACACCACAAAAAGAUACUGAAACAAAAAAGAAACUGGAAGCAAGUCAAUAGUGAAUGAUUACAUGUGUAUUGUGUUAUUGUUAUGUGCUGACUAAUUAAAGAUGUGUGAUAUUCA